AGAGAUGAGAGGAGAAAUAGUGAGUCAAAGAAAUCACAGAGACACCCUGCGUGAGAGUCAUCACCGCAGCUCGGAGUGUUUGCCGUCGAAGGACCUACAGACUGGGAUCUGACUGAGGACGGAGCGGCACUGUCGGUCCUGAAUCCACAGACACAGGCUCCAGCAGCCUCCUUCAUCUCCCAUCAGGCCAGUGCUUGCUGCUACCUCCCACUCAGCUGAGAUGGCUCCCACCCUGGCCACAGCCUUCUCCCGCCGCUGGUGGAUGGCGGUGACGGCGGUCAUCGAGAACCUGCUUUUCUCUGCCGUGCUGCUCGGCUGGGGGUCGCUGCUUAUCAUGCUCAAAUCUGAGGGCUUCUACUCCUACUUGUGCAAAGGACCAGUAAACAGCUCCGGCUUCAACUUCUCCGACUCGUCCAUCUCUGGGAUUAACAGCACAGCAGAAGAGUACCUGUUGAUGAAUGGCUGGCCCAUCUGCAAGGACCAGGAUGAGAUGCUGAACCUGGCCUUCACCGUAGGCUCCUUCCUGCUGUCGGCCAUCACUCUGCCCAUGGGCAUUGUAAUGGACAAAUAUGGACCACGGAAGCUGAGACUUCUGGGCAGCGCCUGCUUUGCCUUUUCCUGCCUGCUCAUCGCCUAUGGAGCCAGUGAUCCCAACAAUCUGUCCAUUCUGAUCUUCUUUGCUUUGGCGUUGAAUGGGUUUGGAGGCAUGUGCAUGACCUUCACUUCUCUGACGCUCCCCAACAUGUUUGGAGACCUGAGGUCGACCUUCAUCGCCCUGAUGAUUGGAUCAUACGCCUCCUCUGCUGUCACCUUCCCGGGCAUUAAGGUGAUCUACGAUCUGGGUGCCACCUUCAUCUCCAUUCUGCUGGUUUGGGCCGGCUGUGCCUGCCUCGUCUUCCUCAACUGCUUCAUCAACUGGCCCCUGGAGCCUUUCCCCGGUCCAGAGGAUAUGGAUUUCACGGUGAAGAUCAAGUUCAGCUGGCUGGGCUUUGACCACAAGAUCACGGGGAAGCAGUUUUAUCGGCAGGUGACCACCGUGGGGCGCCGCCUCAGCGUUGGCAACUCCAUCAAGCAACAGCACCAGCCACCCAAAGACCUGGCCACGCAGGAGGCCAACAAGCUGUGCCUGUCCACUGUCGACCUGGAGGUGAAGUGCAAGGCUGAGGAAGAGACUCAGUCCUUCAUGAAAAGUAUCUUCAGUCCCAUCUUCUUACUGAGCCUCAUCACCAUGUGUGUGACUCAGCUGCGACUCAUCUUCUACAUGGGGGCCAUGAACACCAUCUUGGAGUCCCUGACAGAGGGAGACCUGAGCACAGUGAGCGUCUACACAUCCAUCUUUGGCGUGCUCCAGCUAUUAUGUCUGGUCACCUCUCCUGUGAUUGGCUACGUCAUGGACUGGAGACUCAAAGACUGUGAGGACGAGAAUGACAAGAGUGUCAAGAGGGAGCCUGGUCAGCCCCGUCGCCCCGGCAAACAGAUCCAGAAGAUCAUCAACGCUACCAGAGCCUUCAUUUUCACCAACCUGCUCCUGGUUGGAUUUGGAAUCACCUGUAUCAUCCCCAGCCUGCCCCUCCAGAUUCUGUCCUUCAUCCUGCACACCAUUGUCAGAGGCUUCAUCCACUCUGCAGUCGGAGGCCUCUAUGCAGCUGUGUACCCGUCCUCUCAGUUUGGCAGCCUGACAGGCAUGCAGUCUCUGAUCAGCGCUCUGUUCGCCCUGCUCCAGCAGCCUCUCUUCAUGGCCAUGGUGGGACCCCUGAAUGGAGACCCUUUGUGGGUGAACGUGGGCCUGCUGGUGCUGAGCAUGCUGGGAUUCUGCCUGCCCUUCUACCUGCUGUGCCACAGCCGUCACCUCCAGCGCCUCAGAGACGAGCGCGACGAGGAUCCCAAGAUCUACGUCAAGAUCAACAACGGUAGCAAGCCCGAGGCCUCCGUCUAGACCUGGACAAGGAAUGGAGAGUUCUACACUAAAAGGAGAAGGGCAGAGAGAAGAAGAGAGGGAGGAGAGAGUGGUGGAGGUCACUUGUGGGACACUUGUGAUAAAUGCGCUCACUCUGUCCUCCAGCGCCUCUCUCAGUUCAUCUAAUGACUCACAAAUCCCUUACAUUCCCCCCACACACACACACACACUUUCACACAGACUCUCCAUUAUACUGCCAUAUUGCCACUUGGCCAAACGUGACUACACACCACUGUGACAACCAGUUUGACCCUCCUUCAUCUGUUCAGCAUACACAGUGAGAAGCCUGACACACACAUACACAUCCUCUUCCAGCCCUGUGGGGAUGUGUGUGAGGGAGGGGGGGUGCGGCUCACCCCACCCUUCACCCCUCCCCCCGACUGCAUCUCUGAAAUGAGAAGAAAAAAGACUAAUGGGAGAAAGAGGAAACAACUGCAGACUUUUUGUUUUUGCCCAAAUGACUCCUCUACUUCACUCUUGCCAUUUUUAUUCCACACUGUUACACUGGUCACUGAUGGUCGUCAGGUGUAGCCUCUGUCAGUCCUCCUCAAAAACCACAGAAGAAGAAGAAGAAGAGGAUGUCAGCCAAUGGAAAGUGAAGAGACCUCGGAGGAGACAAAUUCUCAGCGACAGUAUUGCGCUUUUAAGACACAUAACAACAAACAAAAACUUGUGCGCUGUGAACAUGUUGUAACCAUGGGUUAACCAUGACAGUACAAGCCAGUGUUUAAUGAGGCUGCUUGUGAUGACUAAAACAUCCCAUGGGAGACAAAUAGGUCACACACACACACAAGCAUCACCUCUGGUCAUGACAUCUCUGCGUCCUCUUGUGCUCGAGGGCAUUACCUGAAUAAGAAUCCACAGACAGCAGUAUUGGUAGCAGUUCAGAUUGAGACACGUGGUAUGAUAAGUUAGGAGAAAACCGUGCAGCAUCUCUGCGUGUGUGUUACAUAAUGCAGUGUGAGAGACUGGUCACUGAUGCCAGUGAUGACGGUGCUGGUCCUAUAUUACAGUCUCACUCAGUCACUAGCGCAGGAAGACACUCAACUUGCCAUGUCGGUCUAGUUUUUGUUUUCUAAAUCAUGAAUUCCUGAUGUAUGUACGCAAUAUGUAACCGUUUGUUGUUGUUGGGUUUUUUUUUUUCCAAAUGUAUUUAUUGCAAUAUGUUUGCGGAUGUGCUGUUAAAUCUUUUGUCCCUGUGCGUGAUCUGAAGACUUGAAAGAGGGGAUGUGCUUAGAGAAGGUAGACGGGACAAAGAUUAGAUGGAGUGUGUUUUUAAAGGCUGUAGUGGUGUAGAGGUGGAGCCCCGUGUUGUUCUCCUUGUUAGACACAUGAAUUUAGAAUUUCAAUUUGUUGUAGCAAUAAGUGCUUCUGUGGGGAGCUGGGCAACACGUUGACACACAAUCACACACACACACACACACAGGCAAAUAUGUGUACAUUUUAUGGACUGUGUUGCUGAAUCACAAAAGGUGCUAGUUAAAUACAGAAACGUGUUUUGUGUAUUCUGCUUUAAGGGGAAGUUGAAGUCAUUUUUACCACAAACGCAACUAAUCACCAUCAAUUUACUAGCGAGACCUGCUUUUUCAGUGAAUUUCCAAAGAACCAAUCAACUUACAUUUCAGAUGACAACUGCUCUUUGCUUCUUAUCGGUUAUGUGGUAAUUCUGCACCAUAAGGCAACGUGCAACCACAGCAACACCUCUGGGAAACUUGAAUUCACCUCUCAAAGACAUAAAGGGACAUUAGCUUGAAGGUAGCAAGCUGAUAAAGACACAUUCCUCCCACUUCUGAGAAAAGCAGAGCAUGAUGAGACAACACAGACAAUAAGGAGUCUUUGUCUUUGACAUAAAAGCCCAGAGCAGAAGCGUGGAGAAUGAUACAGAGAGAUAAUAUUUGCAAUGUGAUUCAGUCCGCUGUCUUCAUAUGCCACAGAGUGAAGCUCCUCAGAUAUUUUCUGCCUGGCAGUAAUUCACAGAGGCACUUCCAAAGACAGCCGUGACCCUCAGAGUGCCUCUCUAUGUGUACAGAUGAUGGGAGGAGUGGAUUCAGGCAGGAUGUGGCACACCCAGUCCCUCUCUCCCUCCCUCCCUCCACCUAUCUAUCUAUCUAUCGCUUUCAUCCACCCAUCAGUCCACAAAAAUGUUUACUGACGACAGAACUGAGAGACAAGCCUCUGCUACCAUCAGAGGCUCCCAGUGAAUGACUAAGUGAGAAAUGAAUGGCACAUGAUGCACUUUAGACCUCUAAAAUGGACCUCGUGUAUUUCUGAAUGGUCUGCUCCCACUGUAUCGUACACACAGUGCAUGGCUGCUUACUGGUGGUGCAUGAUGCAAAGAAUGUAUACUCAGAGCUUCAGAUGUAGAUUUGUAAUUCAGAACAUGGAAAGGAAAAGAUGCUGUUAUUUUUUUAUGCUCAGAAAAAAAAACCCUAUUGCUUCACAUGUUCAUUAUGUUGCCUUUAUGUGCGCGGACAGUGUGGCAGAGUCUUGUCUCUCAGUUCAGUCACUUUCAUAAGCUUAGAUCAGAGCCGUAGGCACAUUCAUCCUCGCUAAACUGCAUGAGUUCGUCACCUGUAAAGGAUCAGAGAAAACAUGUACAAAAUGUAUUUGCUGUGUGCAAACCUUACAAUUUCACAAUUUGUGUUUUCACCUCAUGAAAUCUUAUUGACAUUUGUCAUAUAAGUCCUAGUGUGCUGGAGUGUCCUUAUAUUACAGUGUCUUCACAGGAUUUUAAGAAUAGAGAUGACAGGCAGGGACAGACUUACUCUGACGCAGUUCUUAACUCCAGCACUAUGAAUGUGGGUGAUUAUGGAUGAUGAUUUUUCAUUUUGCUUGGUAGCUCAUCCUCAACUCACUCAAAUCAGCUAAUACACAGACUGUUUCUCUUAAGCCACCGUCUGUAACCUUGUGAUCUUUAAGCCUGGGUAAAUGAGUGAUGGGUUAUCAGGUGAAACCAUCAUUCCCUCAAAGUGGGAAACUAAUCAGCACUUUCCUUCACUGCCAUACCUUAAAUGACCCACCCUGUCCUCAACGCCAUCACCUUCCUGGUCUAAUCUCAACUUCCUAGGAUAGGGAUUCUGCAUUGCAGUAGUUUGGUUGAUUGAUUGAUGUACUGAUGAAUUGUUUAUUCUCUGAAAGAUGAAUCCUAGCGUCAGCAUUUGCUUGAGGGUGUUUUUCUGGCUCUGUGUGAUGACAGGAAAUGGGGAUUUUAGCUGAAACACUGACGGCUUGUUUCCCUCCCCUGGCAUGCACGUUUUGUGACUUUUCUACCUACCAUGUCUCGGUUUAGUUUAGUUGUAUUUCAUUUUAUUUUUUUCUUCUCUGAUGUUUACGAGAAUGUGUGUUUUCAUGGUCUUAUAUUGGAUAUUUGGUUUUCUUUUGUCUUGUACGACAGUAUAGCCAUUGUCACUGACAUUUCACGUUAUGUUGUUUCAACUGAAAGAAAAAAAAAGACAGAUCAAUAUAUGAAGCAAAAUAAACCCAAUGAUUUGUA